GCCCUCCAGCGGCCGAGAGGCCAAUCUGCAUGCUGAGCAGGCUCCCCUCCUCCUGGCACCGCCCCCUGCUACUCUCCAUGUUUGUGUAUGUGGAAUGCGGGUCAAGCGGAACUCUUGGAGCCUCUCCUCAAAGGCAAAGAACGACUUGCGUCGUCCCGGCGUGCACCCGUGCUGAAUCUGGAUCUCCUCACACACCCGACCAUGAAGAGAAGUCGACAUCCCAGCAGCAGUGACGACUCAGACAAUGAAAGUAAUUCCACCUGCUGGUCACAGCAUUCUUCUCAGGCCAGGAGAGGAACGAGACAGAAACCUUCUGAGGUAUUCAGGACGGACCUGAUCACCGCCAUGAAGGUGCACGAUUCCUACCAGCUCAACCCGGAAGACUACUACGUCCUCGCAGACCCCUGGAGGCAGGAGUGGGAAAAGGGUGUCCAAGUCCCGGUCAGCCCACAGUCCAUCCCCCAACCCGUGGCCAGGGCGCUGGCGGAAAAGGGGAAAGAGGUCAUGUUUGUCAGACCCAAGAAGUUAAUUCGCAUGUCGGGAGCCCAGGUGCUAGGCUAUGUGGACAUCCGGACUCUGGCGGAGGGCAUGUGUCGCUACGACCUGAAUGAGGAAGACGUGGCCUGGCUGCAAGUUGUCAACCAAGAGUUUGUUAAGCUGGCCCUCCCGCCCCUGGACGAGAUGACCAUGGAGCGUGCUGUGGAGGAAUUGGAGCGCCGCUGCCACGAGAGCAUGACACACGCCGUGGAGACAGAGGAGGGUCUGGGCAUUGAGUACGACGAGGAUGUGGUGUGUGACGUGUGCCAGUCACCUGAUGGCGAGGACAACAACGAGAUGGUGUUCUGCGACAAGUGCAAUAUAUGUGUCCACCAGGCGUGCUACGGCAUCCAGAAGGUCCCCAAAGGCAGCUGGCUGUGUCGGAUCUGUGCCCUCGGCAUAAUGCCAAAGUGCCAGUUGUGCCCAAAGAAGGGUGGCGCCAUGAAGCCCACCCGCAGUGGAACCAAGUGGGUCCACGUCAGCUGUGCCUUGUGGAUCCCAGAGGUGAGCAUCGGGAAUCCGGAGAAGAUGGAGCCAAUCACCAACGUGUCGCACAUUCCCAGCAACAGGUGGUCCCUCAUCUGCUGCCUGUGCAAAGAGAAGACCGGAGCGUGCAUCCAGUGCUCAGCCAAAAACUGCCGGAUUGCCUUCCAUGUGACCUGUGGCCCCCAUGCCGGCUUGGAGAUGAACACGUUCCUCACAGAGGACGACGAGGUCAAGUUCAAGGCCUACUGCCCCAAACACUCAGGAAUGGAGGGCGCAGAGUCCAGGGACCGAGACUCUGGAGACGACGGGGAAAAGGAGGAUGUCGGGGGCAAGAAGGGCAAGCGGCGAGGGAGGGUUAGAGGGGAUGAGGUCGCCGCCUCCUCCCCCUCGUCUUUGUGUCUCACCCCUCAUCGGGACCCGCAGCAGAUGAGCGGCCGUGAGCAGGACAAGCGGGUCAACCUUCGCAAGCUAAAGCUGCAGCAGAUGGAGGAGGACUUCUAUCAGUUUGUGGACGCCCAGGAGGUGGCCCGCCACCUCAAGAUGGCGCCCGAGACGGCAGACUUCAUCUACCAGUACUGGAAGCUGAAACGCAAAGCCAACUUCAACCAGCCGCUCCUCACGCCCAAGAAGGACGAGGAGGAGAGUCUGGCUCGCCGUGAGCACGAAGUGCUGCUGCGACGCCUGCAGCUUUUCACCCACCUCCGCCAAGACUUGGAGAGGGUCCGAAACCUGACCUACAUGGUGACCCGGCGGGAGAAGAUGAAGCGCUCGUUGUGGCGAGUCCGGGAGCAGAUCUUCCAGCACCAAGUCAGACUGGUGGACCAGGAGCUGCUCAGUGGGAAUCCAUCCGAGCUGGACUUGCAGCAGAUCUUUUCUCUGGACCGCCUGACCUCUCAGGGCUCCCAGACGCCGUGCAGCCACUCUGGAACCAAGACCAAACAAGGGUUGAAGCAGGACAAGGGAAAGUGUCGCGAUAGAAAAGGCGUCUGUGACUCGCUGCACACGUCCAAGGAAGAUGCUCCCGGUAGAACCCUGGACUCCAAAUGGUCGCGAGUCAAAGAGACAACACCUGCCGAGGCCGCCGGCAACGCGGACGACAACCUUGAGCUGCAGGAGCCGAAGCUUCUGAAGCAGGAGGUCGCUCAGGAAAGUGUCGCCUUGAAGCUGCACAAAAUGGAGGCCAGGAAAGGCUUGAGAAGGGAAACCCCGGUGGCGCUUGAACCGGAAGUGUUGACCAGGCGGCGACCAGAGAGCCACCAGGAGUACAAGGAGCGGAGGAGAAAGAGGAGGAGCAAAGUGACUGACGCCUCUUCUGGCCACCAAAAGAGCAAACUAGGCUCCGCACAGCUGGACAAAACGGUUUCCAUCAGGCUGGUUGACAUCAGGUCUACAGGCCCAGACGUCAACUUUGUGGAUGGAGUGACCAGAAGAAGCUCCGCCCCUUCGGAUGUCACAACCCACAGCAAGAUGAAAUCUAACAUGGCCGCAGAAGGUAUUCCGAUAGAUGUCUCCAACGGGCCAGUGGGUGGACACCUAAAAGGCUGGGGCAAGUUCCGGAUUCCCAAGAGGAGCGAGAAGCUUUCGUCGUCGGAGCAGAUGCCGCUGGAGCAACGCAAGCCGCUGCUCCGACCGCUCACCAACACGCAGCCGCCGUCACAUGCCAGAACGCGGCUUCGCACCGGGACAGAGAAUGAUGGGUACAAGUCGAAAUCCGACGACAGCGAGGCGGAGCCUUGCUUGAAGCGAUGCCACUCCCACCAGCUGAGGGGUGACUCCUCCCUCAGCCGCCGCUACGGCUCCGACAUUAUCCGCAGGGGUGUGCUGGCAUCCUGAUGCCGCCGCCAGGGCCACACUUUAGAAUAAGCUGCACUGUGUUAGUCGCUAAAGAACGACCGCUACACUUUUUAUUUUUCUCGAUAAAUUCUAAAAUGUCUGACUAGAGCUUAUAUUUAUUUUUUAUUUGAAGCUUAAUGUACAAGUGAAAAAUAUUUGACUUUAUUUUGAGCUACUUUUAUGUUUUUCCUCCAACUGGCUCACACACGUACACGCUGAUGCGGCCACGAGGGACCACCAGUGAUUUGUGUUGGGAAUAUUAACCUCGGUUCAACGUAGUCGUGCUUUUAGCAAGGAAGUGACACUGGCCUUUUUGGUAUGGGCUUUUGGACACGCCUUCAUUUGUCGUUCAACUCUGGAGAAUUUAAUUCGCCAUCAGCACUUAAGUGUCAUUGAAUUAGAGCCCACCUGCGCCACGUGCCUAACUUGUGACGUGUUUGCACUAGGAGAGGGAGGCACAGGUGAGCAGACUUAUUUUUACACUGAAAAAAACAUUUUCUAUUCUUGGCCGCUGCUCUACUACUGUUAUGCAAAAUGGAUCUCGUUUUGUCUUUUGUCUGACAGGAAUAAAAUCUCUUGAGAAAUGA